CUUUGGGGUCCGGAGGGGGAGGGGCCGAUGGAUGAGCAGGGGGUGCGUUCCACCUCGUGUCCAUGGCAACGGCGAGAGAGGAAGUGUAGCUGCACCGUCUUGGGGGAAAUCGACACGGACGUCCCCUGUCGAAAAGCUCUUUCUCGACGCUCCCUCCGGCAGAAGUUCCAGGAUGCGGUGGGUCAGUGUUWCCCUAUCCGCAACGGCCACCGUCACCACCACGGCCACCCAACAGGGGCCUCCAGGGGGGCUUUCUCCGUGCUCCUCUGGUCCAAGCGCAAGAUCCACGUCUCGGAGCUCAUGCAAGACAAGUGUCCCUUCUCACCCAAGUCUGAGCUGGCCCACUGCUGGCACCUGAUCAAGAAGCACGCCAUCCACCCCAGCACCAUUGUGGGCCUAGAGAGUGCCCAAGCUGCUCAGGCUUCCCAGGCUGCCAGCAAAGAACAAUUCCCUUCCACGUCCUCGUCUCCGCCUUCGACGCCUCUUUCCUGCGAGGGCAUCUGCUCAAGUAGGCCCCUGAGCCUUGAGGACUGGGAGCCGUCCUGUCCACAAGGUGGAGCAGCCCAUGGUGACAGCCAUACCGACUACAUCCUUGUCCCGGACCUCCUCCAGAUCAACAACAGCCCGUGUUACUGGGGCGUGCUUGACCGCUUCGAAGCCGAGGAGCUCCUGGAGGGCCAGCCAGAGGGCACCUUCCUCCUGCGCGACUCGGCCCAGGACGAAUUCCUCUUCUCAGUCAGCUUCCGCCGCUACAGCCGCUCCCMCCAUGCACGCAUUGAGCAGAACGGCAAGCGCUUCAGCUUCGACGGACGCGACCCGUGCAUGUACCGGGACCCAAGUGUCACGGGCCUGCUCCGGCACUACAGCGACCCGGCCACAUGCCUUUUCUUCGAGCCCCUCCUUGCUCUCCCCCUGCCCCGGACUUUCCCCUUCACCCUGCAGCACCUGUGCCGRGCRGUGAUCUGUAGCUGCACUACGUACCAGGGCAUUGAGAUCCUUCCACUGCCCUAUCAGCUCAGGUACUAUCUUAGACAGUACCACUACAAGUGCAAUGGGGCUUGUGCAGUAUAGAACAAUUAUAAUUGCUGACUAUCAUUAUUGUCCCAAGGGUUACUACUCUUCCAUAUUGACAAUGAUUUAUCKGUUUUCAGAGACUUGUGAAGAUCCUGACUGCAAUGGGUGCUUUGUAGACUUUUUWAUUUCCUUGUGGGAAAGUUUAAUCGGACACACAAGAGACUUGAAUGGGUGGGGGAGAGUGAGAUGAUUUGAAUGAAUGUCACAGUGAAUGAUUGCAUUAUUACAGAAGCUAUGAGGAAGUGCGCAUCUUGUUUAAAAACGAUCUCAUCUGGACAAAUGUAACGUCUCAAUACAAUAAUCAUUGCCUCCUCUAUUGCCUUCUUACAGUAACUAAAUGAGCGAUAACACUCAGAAACACUUUUAGUAUGUACAUUUACACAUUUAAUGCAAUAUGUGAGGACAGUUUAAAAGUGGUUACAUGGCCCUCCAACACAUAGUCCUUGUUUUUAUACAGAACUUUUUGGGAUU